AUGCUAGCUGCUAUUCUCUUGUGCAUCGCCGUGUUCGGCUCACUCUACAUCUACCAUGUGAACUCUUCAAUGAGCGGGAUCCCUGAAGAGGCCCGCAAGUUAUCCCCUCGUCGAUUGAACGUCGAUGAGAUCAUGGCCGCAUAUCAAAAGGCAGUCGACAACCCCGUUGAUGUUACGAAAAGCUUGCCCCCGAAACAGGGUCGGCGCUACAUUGUUGUUGGAGGAUCCGGACUUGUUGGUAACUGGAUUAUAUCACAUCUCUUGACUCGUGGAGAAAAUCCAGCAGCUAUUCGAACUUUAGAUCUUGCAUCACCUCGUCGUGAACUUCUUGACCUAGGUGUUACCUUCGUCAAGACAAAUAUCGUUGAUGAGAAUGCUGUAUAUGACGCAUUCUCACAACCAUGGUCCGACUCUGUCGUGGAUCUGCCAUUGACAGUGUUCCACAACGCUGCUAUGAUUCGACCAGAAGACCGCCACAAGGCCUUCCUUUCUAUCUGCCGUAAAGUGAACGUCGGCGGGGCCAUUAAUGUGCUAAAUGCCGCCAAAAAGGCGGGCGCGAGCUGCUUCAUCUCGACAUCUUCCGGCUCCGUCUGCAUGCGCUGCCCUAAUUUCUGGACUGCGCCCUGGAAAAAUACACCGAAGCACUUUGUACAGGUCCUUAGUGAUGCAACUGAGCCCCCAAAGGACCACUAUGAGUUUUUUGGAACUUAUGCGGUAUCAAAGCGAGAGGCAGAGAUCAUCGUACGGGAGGCCGAUGACAUCAAAGCUAACUUCCGUACGGGUUGUAUCCGACCUGCAAAUGGAAUCUAUGGCGUUGGCAGCGAGACCUGUGCCACCCUCAUUGGGAUAUACCUGAAAAUGGGCGGCGGUCCAACUUGGCUUCCCCAGAUAAUUCAAAACUUCGUCAACGCGGAAAACGUAUCCAUCGCGCAUCUGCUUUACGAGCAACGGCUCAUCGAACACACCAAAAGCCCACUCGAUCUACCAAACAUCGGCGGAGACGCCUUCAUCGUAACGGAUCCAAAUCCAGCCAUCUCGUUCGGCGAUCUCUACCUUCUUCUAACGACCCUCGUCGCAACACCCAUUCGAUUCCCAUACGUUCCCCCGGCCCCGAUGCUCAUCCUGUCCCAUUUCGUUGAGUGGUACGUCCUGCUACGGCACUUCUACCUCCCUUGGCUUCCGGAAAUCAAGCGCGACCUGGGCCAGCUGCAGCCCUCUGUCUUUUCUAUAUCUAAUGUGCACCUCAUUAUUGACGAUUCUCGCGCGCGUAAAUCCCCUGAGCAGGGUGGGUUGGGAUACGACCCGCCGAUAACUUCGCUGGAUGGCGUGUGUAAGGAAUUGUUGCAUUGGAAUCGUCUUGCUGCUCGGAAGGGUGCUGCUGCAAUUAUGGGGAAAGUGAAGCCGUAUUGA